UAAAAAUAAUCACACAAAUCUUGAACGCAAAAACUAGUUGGAUGAUUUCAUUUUUUCCUGGUGCUAUCCUAUCUAACUUAGGCUUUGAAUUUUCUUCAUCUAACUUUCAACACUUAGCUAAGAAUAUUCAAGAACUCCCUCCUAUAUAAUCUCCCAUCUCAUGGACAUAAAAUCCAUCCCGAAUAUUUAUUACACAUCUCUUUGUAACAUUAGUAACAAUCCAAAAAAAAAAAAUGCAUUCACUCAAAAACCAUGCAACCUUUUCAUGCUUUGUCAUAGCAAUCCUAGCCUUUGCACAAUUAUGUUACGCGCAAAAUUCACCACAAGACUAUGUCGAUGCCCACAAUGCAGCUAGGGCUGCCGUGGGUGUUGGUAACAUACAAUGGGAUGACCAAGUCGCGGCCUACGCCCAACAAUAUGCCAACCAACGAAUUAAUGAUUGUGCUUUGCAGCAUUCUGGAGGACCUUACGGAGAGAAUAUCGUAGCUGGUCCGGGUGAUGCUAGUGGCACCGAUGCAGUAAAAAUUUGGGUUGAUGAGAAGGCUAACUACGAUUAUAAUUCAAAUACUUGUGCUCCUAAUAAGGUGUGUGGACAUUAUACUCAAGUGGUUUGGCGUGACUCCGUUCGUCUUGGAUGUGCUAGGGUUCCAUGUAACGGUGGUGGGAUUUUCAUCACUUGCAACUAUGAUCCUCGAGGAAAUAUUAUUGGCCAAAAACCUUACUAGACUUUAUGAUCGUUCUUGUUAAACCACGUAAUAAUACUUCAUCUAUGUUACUUUGCUUACUACGACAUUUACUAGUAUUUAAUUUUGUAUGAGAUAUCAAUAAUCUUGUAUACUAGUAUUUAACACUUGCAAGUUGGGGGGAAAUAAGGGAUCCAACUUGCUUGGGAUGAGAAUCGAACCCCUCUCACAGGGUUGGAAGGAGGACCUUCAACCACUAGGUCAACCUUGAUUCUCAACGUAUUUUAUAUAUUUAGAAGUGGAAAGAAUUAUUAGAUGACCAUAUCUAUACCAGUAUACCUCUAUCAUUAAAAUAA